AUGGCUGGCGGACAUACCCAACAGGUCAAAUUUGUGGGGCACGAUGCUGCCGGGCUGCCGGUGAAGAGGAAGCAGGUCAAUCAAGCGUGUCUGCCUUGCAGGAAACGCAAGCACGUUCCCGACGCCCAUGUUCCAGAGGCACUCGCAACGGAAAAAGGCCAUGAUCGGGGACAGGCAGUGUCUCGGGCGGCCCCUGCAGCGCCUUCGGGCGCCCGAGAACGCGGUCGCGGUGACGUCCCCGACAGAGACACCUCUGACGCCGCUGCUCAGUUGCUCCGUUUUUUCCACCACGCCUCCGACAAGGCGCCGGUAGACACCCCCAACACGGACCAAACCGAGCAGCCCCGGCAGAUGUCCCCCGCACCGCCUUUCCUCGGGGAUCUGAAUCCCGAGAGCAUCCUGGUGGAAGCAACCAUGGCCACAGCCCCGGGACCGAAGACACCUCAGACCGAGAACCAACCAGAUCACCAGAGAAUCGGCUUCCUGCCUCCGACGUCGCCCCACGAGUCGAGGCCGCCAGCCGCGCGAGAUAGAAGCACGGGCAGCCCUAAGCUUGUCGACGACAUCCCUGGGCCCUUCUUCUCCGUCCCCAAGGAAGACGGCACGCGGUUCACGAUACACGUCCAGGACCCGGCUAAGUUUGCCACCCUCGCUCAGACCCUGGCGAACCGCGCGCUUGCCGACAAGGUGAUGCCAUCAGAUGCGGAGUGGAACACUCUGAGGGACAUCUACCUCGCGAAAAUCCACCCCAUCUUCCCCAUCUACGACGACUCGACUCUGCUGGCUCUCCCAGAGGAAUCCGGUUUGCGCGGAUUGAUCCAGGCUUCUGUUUGUCUUGCCGCAGCUACCGACCCCGAAGCCAGCAGGUUCCUGACUUUCAAAAACCACGUGCUAGGAGCGUCACCGUCCAGAACGGUGGUUCCGUACGAUGAAUACUCGCGCGGGGUGGCUGACUUCAUCAACAAGCGCCUCGCUGAAUUACAAGCGGCCCGACGAAUCUCCCUUGUGCAACAAAUCCAAGUCAUGGCCUUGACCUGCCUCUACUGGCAACCGGCGCACCCUGCCGAGCGCUUCGAGCCGAUGUCGCUGUAUGCCCGACUCGUUGCCCUGGUCCACACGCACGGCGUUCACUUGGACGUGCUCGCAAGGACACAGGCCUGCAGGCCGCAGAACAGAGAGAGAAGCGGCAGCAGACUCUUCAAGUGCCUCUACGCGCUCGACCGCUUAGUCGGGUCCAUCGGCGGGCGGCCAUUCAUGUUCCACAACUACGAUCUGAUGCGGGUUCCGCGGCCAGAAGCCGACGACCCGCCUAUUUUCCGCCUCUUCAUCGCCCUGAUCCUUUUGUUGGAUCAGGUUGUCGAGCUUUAUCGGCCAAGCCCCAAGAUCAGCUACGUCGACAUACCCGUCUUCGAGCACAUGGUCAUCGACGCCGGCGCUGAAGGCGAACCCGACAGUCUUCUAGCGACUCUGGAGGUCCUCUACCACGCCAUCGGCGUGCUCUCGGUUCGCAUGCCUCGAGACCGCUUCCGAACCGCCCCCGAGUGCGAUACGCUGCCCGGCCCUCGAACCGAGCAUCUCCCGCCCAGCAGUGUGAACGCGCGGAGAUCCCACGGCGCGGACCGCAUCCUCGACGUCAUCAGAGACUACAGGCUCAGCCCGAUGCCCUUCAUCCCUUAUGCACUAGCGCUCUCUCUCGGCGUGGCGUACCGCAAGUGGCGUUUCAGCCGGCUUCCUAUGUUCCGGACGAGGGGUGGCGCUGACUUCAAAAAGGUGCUUCCGGUCCUGCAAGACAUGGGUGCCAUCUGGAGCAGUGCCCGUCUGAAUGGGCAGCUUGGCCAAGCAGUGGUGCUGAAGCUGGAUCGGAACGAGAUCAUGGGUAGGAAACGGGUGCAGAAGACGACGGGGACUGCCCGACCUGGGCGGGGACCGGUCGGAGUCGUCCGUCAAGACGCAGACAACCACCAGGAUGUACCGACAGACGGGCCAGACAGGACUGGCGCUGAGCACGAGGCCCAGCCCACCAACAGCCCGAAUUCAACCAGCAGAGCGGCUUCGACACUUCCUGAAGCAAGUACAAGUACUACGCCUCCUGCCGCGGCGUCCAACGCUGGUGUGCCUCUUGAACCGCCCCAAACCCGCGACCCCGAGCGCGCCGAUGUCAGCAAUCCAAAGGCUCCGCCACUCACUCCGCACGGAUCUCUUCCCUCACCAGCGACCUCAUCCCUUCCUGAACAACCACACUCUCUACCUUUGAACUGGACCACCCCAGGCAACAAUGACCCCAACCAGACCAACGCACCCACCUCCUCGCCCUGGCCAGCUCCGAGCAAAACCGCGCCUCCCCGCCACAACCCCCUCGACCACCAACCCCCGCCGCCCGCCACAGCAGCGUACGAGUACCCGCAACUGGACGACGCCAUUCCCCUGCCGGCGGACAUGCUACCCCAACCCAGCGGCAGCGGUAGCGGUGGUGGCAGCGCACACGGCGAGACGACAGCGCCGACGGAGAAGCCGGCGGAGCGGGGCAGCAACCUGGACGACUUCCUCGCGGACGGCGACGGCGACGACGACGGCGACGACGCGCUCUUCCGCGCGUGGGACCCGCGCUUCGCGCAGUCGGUCGACUUCUCGUUCAGCAGCAUCCUCGACCCCGGGAACCCGUUUGCGUGGCCUGAGUAUUGUAGCUAUUUGUCGUGA